AUGCCCAAACUGGCGCUCGGCGCUCGGAAUUCACACGUUGUCGCGCUGCUUCGGAUGGCCCCUUUGCAGGAGGUGGUCCUGGCUCUGGGCCUGCUGCAGCCGGAGCCGCUGCUCCUGGCUCCUGCGGAGGCACCGAGCCGGGCACGGAGCCGCACCUGGAUCCAGAAAGGCGGCCUGGAGAGAGGGAAAUCCUUGAAACCUGCCCCUGAGCUGCUGAGGCCCAAGCGCACCAAAGCCCAGCCCAGCACUUGUCCCCGCUCCGUGGCAGCCCGAGCGAAGGCGGAUCCCAAGUUUGGGGAGCUCUUCCGCUUCGACACCCCUGUGCUGAUGUGGGACCAGCACUUCAGCACGGGGACCUGGGAGCGGCUGAAGGCGCGACACGUCCCCUACGGCUGGCAAGGCUUGUCCCCUGCAGCCGUCGGCAGCGCCCUCCGGCUCCUCAACACCUCCUCCAACAGGCGCCUCUUCGACAGAGCCGCCUUCCGCGGCGGCUGCGUGCGCUGCGCUGUGGUGGGCAACGGGGGCAUCCUCAACGGCUCGCGCCAGGGCCACGACAUCGACGCUCACGACCUGGUGUUCAGGCUCAACGGCGCCGUGAUCAAAGGCUUCGAGGCAGAUGUUGGCACCAAGACGUCCUUCUAUGGCUUCACAGUGAACACCAUGAAGAACUCCCUCAUUGCCUACGAGGAGUAUGGCUUCACCCAGGUACCCCAGGCCAAGGACCUGAGAUACAUCUUCAUCCCCUCGGACGUGCGCGACUAUGUCAUGCUGAAGUCGGCCAUUGAGGGCAGCCCGGUCCCCGAGGGCUUGGACAAGGGUGACGAGCCACAGAAGUAUUUUGGACCAGAGGCAUCUGCAAAGAAGUUCAAGCUGCUGCAUCCAGAUUUCCUGCAUUAUCUAACAACAAGGUUCUUGAGGUCCGAAAUCAUGAACACCCAGUACAGCUACCUGUACAUGCCCAGCACCGGGGCGCUCAUGCUCCUCACUGCGCUCCACACCUGUGACCAGGUCAGUGCCUACGGGUUCAUCACUGACAACUACGAGGAGUUCUCAGACCACUACUAUGAGCCGGAGAAGAAACCGCUGCUGUUUUACGCCAACCAUGACAUGAUGCUGGAGGCAGAGCUGUGGAAGCGCCUGCAUCAAGCAGGGAUCAUGACGCUUUACCAGCGGUGAGGCAGGGCAGCAGC